GCUACUUCCGGUGAGUGGAGCUCAGUCAGCUGUCACUGGAUCUGAAGCACAGAAACAAACAGGACGUGAAAUGUCGAGUUUUAACGAAAAGUUCAGUUCCUACACGAUGAGCCAACUCAACGAAGUCCUGGAGGACGACGAGAAGCUCAGCGACAUGGUGCAGGACAUGGAGGAGGUGCAGGGGGUGCAGCAGAGCAAGGAGACGACGCUGGUGAGCAACCGGACCCUCGCUGAGCAGAACCUGGACCUGCAGCCCCGCCUGGAGCAGAGGAAGGAGACGCUGACCCAGCGAUACGCCCGCCUGCAGGAGAACUUCGAGUCCUUCCAGCUGCGCAAAUCCACCCUCGACCACACGUCAGGAAACACCUCCCUGGACAUUCUGCUGGCCCUUCUUCAGGCGGAGGGAGCCAAAAUAGAGGAGGAGACAGAGAACAUGGCCGACUGCUUCCUAGACGGAGACAUGCCUCUGGACUCCUUCAUCGACUCGUACCAGAGCAACAGGAAGUUGGCCCACCUGCGGAGGGUGAAGAUCGAGAAGCUUCAGGAGAUGGUGAUGAACGGCCAUCGGCUCCCCACGGUCCCAAACUCUCGAUCUCAGGACGUUCCUUCGUCUGUCGCCUCGCUGAUUAACGGCAGCAGCGGAUCGUCUCCCGCCGCUCAACCCAGGAGGAAAAGCCCUCCAUCCCAACCGGCGCCAAUUCUCAACCAAUAUCCCGCCGCCGAACCCCCUGCUGUCUACUCUCCGUACCCGCCGAUCCCUCCCAGAACGGGUCAACCUUUCCCCGACGUCUCCUCUGGAUACCCCGCCCACUUCAUGUCUCAGUACCCCCCCGCCGUGCCUCAGAGGCCCGCCCCUCGUCUGGCCCCGACGCCCGGCUUCAUCAUGCAGUAAACAACACUCUUGACUUUUUAAUCACUUUAAUGGAAAAACUCCUUGAGAACUAUUUUUCUACGACGCCUUCUCGGGGGAAAUCGCGGGAGACAAGGCGGACGUGCAGCGGCUGGUCGGGUCGGCUGAAGCAGAUCUUAUCCCCGAAAAAGUGGAUUUUCUUUUUGCGCUCACUCCCAUUAUUUUAACACUCCACAUCGGCCUCGCUGUCCUGCGUCCCUCCAGAGGAAGCGCAGGAGGAUCUUUCUCUCAGCACCUUUCAAACAAGCUUUUCCGGAGCACAUUUAAAAAUAAAAGAUUUGAUUUCCACCCGCAGCAUAAUGAAUCAGCGGUAUAUGCAAACAAAGAGAGACCCUAAUUACUGUGCAGGCUUCAGGAGAAUCUGCAUCUAUGCUGUGAUUUUACUUUCUCUUUUUUUAUUCUAAAUUCACAAGGUACAUAGGAACAUAUUGGAGCUUCUUUUUUUUAUAAAAUAUAGUACUAAUGGAGUUAAUAUUAGACUGAUAUUAACGUAUGUGAAGGUGUUUCUUCUCGGGAGGUCUACUGGUCCAAGAGGGCCGAGCGUUGACCUCAGAAGUCAAAGGGAGUGGAAGAAGAGACGUUGAACUGUCGUAGUAAUCGAGGAGGCGAGUGCAGCCUCGUGCUAAAUGAAGGAUUUUGUAUAGCCAUUGAUGUUCUCCGUGGGUUCUUGUUGACCUGCAGCACUCCUUUAUACUGUCCUCUGUCUUACGGUGCGUUCACAACCGGACGUGGAGCGAAUGCUUGCCUUUAGAGUUUGACCGCGGCAUCGUUGGUGUUUACUUGCGUCACUCAAAGUAGAUGUGCUGUCGAGGAGGCGGGGCUUAUCUCCAUAUAGAUACCAAUACUAACAUAUAUGCCAUGGUGUAAAUGUAAUACACAAAAUGAUGCUGGAAUAACAUCAUACUGAUAUCGAUGCAUGUAAUGGAUAUCGAUCAGGCUAUGCUAAGCUACCGUAGUAGAUUCUCCGUCCCGCUCAAAAUAACAUCAUACAGACAAUAAUAACGCACCGACUGUAUUUGCCGUGGACCGUCUGUGGUUUGUACACUUUUGAAAACACUGAUAUUUCUCCCGUUUCUGAACAAGUAGGAGGAAAUGUGUGCUAACCGCUAACGGCUAACGGCUGCUGUAUGGUUGUAUGUAUCAACAACGGCAGAAACGACCGAUGGAGAUUCUCACCGCUGAUUGGCUUUUUGUAAAAAUAGUCAACCAAAUGUAUCGCUGGAGUUGAAAAAUGGAAGUCUUAUGAAUACAGCGUAGCCAUAUCAUCAGUUUCAUUGGCGCCGCCGUCUUUUCAUUGACUUUUUAAAUGCUAAAUAUUCGCUCCCCGUCCGUUGUGAACGCUCCGUUAACGUUGGGAUUGGACAUUGGUGCCAACAGCUCUUCGGAUCUCAUCUGGUUCUGUCACCGAGCACCAAAGAUCACUCCAAACUUUUUUUAUUUUAAGUGAGACAUGUAGUCAAACCAUUGUUCCCAACAUAUCUGUGUGUUGCUCAAACACUCUUUUUGUAAAGCGAGACAUUGUUUUCUUCAGGAGGAACUUGCCAGGUCCACCAGGCUUUGAGAGGAAAUGUUGUUUUUUGUUUUGAAAAUCACUCCCGUCGCUGUGCACUGUUGAAGAGCCGCGAGUGCCUACACUUGAAGUAUCACGUCCUGCUGACUGCUCCAUGUCAGAUCGACCCCCCCAACGACAAACUUUCUGAGCAUUCAGUGUCUUCAUCCUCCUGCUACUGAUCUCCUGUUCCACCAGAUGGCAGAAACAAGGCGGUCUGACGGUGCUUCUUUCCCAUUCCUCCUCCAUAGAGUGGUGCAGGAAUGAGUCCUAAAACCCUGAAAUGAGUCGGCACUUUUAUCACUUCCUGUUCCCUCGCUUGGAUGUCAAUUGUUUUGGAUAAAUAAGAUCUAUGGGUAACAUAUUGACACCACUUUUUUAGUAGUUGAAGCAUAAAUGCAAUCUCCAGAAGUAGAAAACUAACGUGAUGCUAUAAAGGCACGGUCACCACCGCUAAGCUAAAGGUGGCUAAUGUUAAGUCAUGUGACCGUGCUGUAGUUCCUUUAAAGCCCAACAUUAGCCACCUUUAGCUUAGCGGUGGUGACGUUAAGUCAUGUGACCGUGCUGUAGUUCCUUUAUAGCCUAGCGUUAGCUUUGUACUCCAGAAAUCAUAAAGUGGUGUUAAUAUGUGGAGAUUAUCCUGCUGAACAAAACAAGGGACAUGCUGCCUUCAGGGUCCACUACAAAAAUAGGUCAUCCCUGCACCACUCUGAAACAUCGAGGUUUGCAUGUGUUGUGCUGUUUUUAUUUUUUAUUAUUGGUGAAAUAACAGGGCCCUGAAAAGUUUCGUGUCAUAUCUUGGUGAUCAAUCAGUGAUGAAUCGUCACGAUGAAGCAUUUAACGACUAACUAAUGGAUAACUCUUCUGUGCAUGGCCUUCGCUCUUCGUGUCCAGUCUGAAGAUCCCUCUUACCUCUUACCUAAUACCUUUUAUUUCUCGUCUAGCCGUUGAGCUGUAAGUUUGAACUGAUCCUCUCUCCAUGGUUUUAUAUGUGGUUGGUGAUAUUCUCAGUGUAAUGUUGUAGGUGUUUACUUAUAAUGAAUGUUUAAGUGGAAUUUAAUGCUAUUUUCAAGUUCAAUAAAUCUCAAAUUUUUGUAUCUGCUUUCA